AUGCAAUUUGCAAAUCGGGAGCACUUGAAAGAAGCAAUAAAGGAGUAUGCCAUUGUAAACGGUAAGCUGCUGAAAUUUGAUAAAAAUGACAAGAUGAGGGUAAAGGUCCUGUGUAGUGGAUCUGGAAACUGUGCAUUUGUUCUUUAUGCAUCUGGGAUUGAUAAAGUGGAAUCCACUUUUGUAGUAAAGGCUAUACAUGCUGAACACAGAGUAGACAGGUUGAGAUAUGCUAAUUCAACAUGGAUUUCACAAAGAUUUUGUGAUAAGAUGAGAAGAAAUCCUAAUUGGACUGUGGGGCAACUUCAAGAUGAGGUGAGGGAACACUAUGCAAUGAAUGUUACACCGAACCAAGUGUAUAGGGCAAAACAAAUGGCUAAGAAGGUCAUUCAAGGUUCGUACAAGGAACAAUUCGAGAGAUUAAGGGAUUAUGCAGAGCAAAUUAAGAAGACCAACCCUGGAAGUACUGUGGUAAUUAAAAUUGAACUAGCAGGUGAUGAUGCAUUGUUUGAACGGAUUUAUAUUUGUUUAGCUGGUUCUAAAAAAGGUUUCUUAGAAGGAUGUAGGCAUGUCGUAGGUGUUGAUGGGUGCCACUUAAAAGGACCCUGCUCAGGGCAGAUCUUAACUUCAAUUGGUGUUGAUGGGAACAAUGACUUGGGGAUCCAAAAUGGUUUGGCAUGGGUGUUUAUAAGUGAUAAACAGAAGGGACUAAUUCCUGCUAUGCAAACAGUUUUACCAAAUACUGAAUACAGAAUGUGCGUGAGACAUUUGUAUAACAACUUCAGAUACCAGUACAUAGGACUUGCUCUAAAACAUUUGCUAUGGGCUGCUGCAAGGACAACCACAUUGCCUUAG